AUAUCGUUAGUGUUUUCGGCAUCUUCUAACGCUUCUAAUACAAUCUUCGCUGUUUAGUCGUUCAGUUGAUCAUUUGUAGUCGUUCGCAGUGCUGCGAAAUUUAGUACGGAUAAACAGCGCUUUAAAAGAUUCAAACUGGCAGCGCUGUUUUUGGGUGCUCUGAAAUCCAUCAUGAGCUCGACGGAUCCAAAUGUGUCACCAAAAUCUACCACCAGUUCAUUGCCGCCAGAAAGUCAACGAACCGAUGAAGUAAAAAGAAUACGUCACGGACGAGGACGGAGUGGCGGCAAUAGUAAAAUAGCGAGAGCGGCAGCAUUUAAAAUCGUGAAUGAUGGAAACGAUCCAAAUAAAAAAGAAGGAACAAGGAGAGAAGAUAGGAAUAGGAAAGGAGAUAAGAAUAAGGAACAGAAAAGGGAUAGUCGAUCGAGGAGCAGAGGAAGCACAAAAGAAAGGGAAGGAAAUGGAAAUGGAAAGGGAAGAAAUGGAAGGAAGAAUGAAGAGGAAAGAAAGGAGACAGGUGACGGAGAGUGGCGAAGAAAAGGAAGAAAAAAAGGAAAAAAAUUGAAUUUUAAUAGAGGAAAUGGACGUCCGUACAUAGGGAAAAAGGUCAUAAUGAUUAAUCCUAGAGGAACAUUCAAUUUAUAAUUUUUUUUUUUUAAACAUAAUUUUGUAAUUUUAUUUG